UCACAUGUUUCGGAAUGCUUCAUCAUUGGUGUUAAUUGAAGUAUAUUGUUUAAAUUUAAACAGUUGGGUAAACGCCUUCAAGCUAACAUUUCGGAAUUAACAAUUCGAAAGUGUCAAUUGCCUAUGUCUGUGCACUAUUAAAAUCAGCAACUAUAAAAUAUAAUGAUUUCCCUUCUUUUAUGAUUAAUCAAGAUACAAUAAAUGCUGUUCAAACCUGUGAGCAUAAAGGAUAAGAAAUGAGCAGCUUUUUCAAGUAUGAAUACUGCCUUGAAUGUUGAACCAUGGUUCUGAAGGGGUUGACAUACAAUUUAGCAAUUUAGAAAUUUGAAAUCAGUCUUCUUCCAAAGCUCAUAUAAAUUUGUGUUUCAAAGGAAAUGUCCUUAAUUAUGACUCCUUUGUUAUGACCCCUUUAAUUUUUGAAUAGCAAUGCACAUGGAAAAAUAACAUUUUUUUAUUGAAUUAUGCGCAAUUAAUUGUUCCGAACUUUUCUUAGGAAGACGGUUUUAACCAAAGUCUAAAGAAUCUGACUUAAAAUAUUGAAGCUGUCAUUUGUUUAAUAUUGUAAAUGUUGUCUUACAUCUUUGGACUUUAAAUACACUUAGAUCUACUUUCUAUAAAACGCAAACUUAUCUUGAAUUAUCGUAUGCAAUUCUCUGAUUGCCAUUUUAUUCCGUGGAGUGCAAGCGAACGUCCUUUAGAUUCAGUCAAACACAAUAGGUUCAGUUUCUAAAAUGAUUUUUACGCAUUAUUCAAUUUAUGAGAGAAAAAAAUAAAGUCAACUGCAAAUUGUUUUUCUUUCUGUCACGAAAUGCAGUUACAUAUAGAAUAAACAGAUAUUGAGAUUAUAGAAAAAAAUAAGGUAUAUAAUUAUUCAAUAGAGAAAAAACACACUUUCUUUGGACCAGGUAUCAAAUACAAAGUUCCUUUCUUUUUAAUUUUUAAGAAAAACAUCAUAGUUAUUAGUUAUGGCACUUUCACUAAUUAAGGUUACAUUAAUUAGUUACUUUUCUUUUAAUACGAAAAACUACCGGAUUAUACUUAAAUACAUGCAUUUAGUCCCGCGUGUUCUGUUUUAAAAUGCUUUAUCGUGCUUCGGCAAUGUUUAUUACCUUUUAUAUAAAUAUUUGCAAAUUUUAUUUUCAUAUCAUGGAAAUGUCAUUAAAAUAGGGCUAAACCUGGGGUUACUGAUGCAUAUUAUAUAUUCAAAUCUUUACAUAACUUUGGAAAACGGAUUAUUUACCAUAAUAAGGUAGUCUUCUCUACUUCCUUCUAGCGAUGUUGUAAGUACAGAUAUCAUUUUGGUUAAUACAUAUGUAUAGGCAUAUAUUAUUAUAGCAUGGAAACUACGGCUCUCGUGUGUUUCAAACUUAUUUACCUUAUAUUUCUUUAAAUACGUUGUUUCCGAAUAUUUCAGUCAUGCAUUUGCAAAAGGCAUAAAUUAAAUGUCCAACAAACGUACCCAUGUUGUCAUAAAGUUUAAUUAUAUGUUUAGUUUACAACACAAAAAUAAAUGAAUUUUAAUAUUUACUGUAGUAUGUUAAAGGUUAUAAAUACCAGCAAAAUGUUGAAUUGUUCCAUCUAAUAUUAAAUCCCAUUACAUUACUUGUUUCAAAUAUAAAAUAUACAUUUUUACUAUUUUGGCAUUUUUUUCACACAGCUACUAAGAUAUUGUACACAUGUGUCAAUAUUCCAGACUAUAGUCAAAUCAGAGCAAUAAUCAAACGGGCAAUGUCAUUCAAAUAGAAAAUUUUAAUUUAUUUAUUUAUUGAAUCAUAGUAUGCGUGACACAUACUAUGGUUAUAAAUCAACAACAAUUUAUCUUUUAUUUCUAAGUUUAAUAUAAAAUUCAUAUAUUCAAAUACAAUAGCCUAUCAUUGUUUUGAUAUUUUACAUCAUUUGUUUCUUUUUUUUUUAAUUUGAAUAAUUUUAGAUAAUAAUAUGCAUAUCCACCAGUCAAACUGUAUCAUUUUUAUACUAGCAGUGUUUGCUAAUAAAGUAUGUGCUCGUAAGUACUACAAAAUAAUCCAUGAUCUGUUUAAGUAACAAUUGAGUGAUAAGUUUGGACGAGUCUUAUAUAUUAGAUGUUUUAUAUUAAAUCUCGUUGUGUUAAGUUUCGGCUGCACGAACAUUUUUCUUUUGGUCGUAUUUAUAUAUUUACUUUAAGAAAAUAACAGCUAAAACAGCUAUAAAAGUAUAUUUCAAAACAUAUCCCUUCCAUGUAUUUUAAUUAACGUUUGUGUAUUUAUAGUGUUACGAAUAUUCUAUUGACUGCCAAUUAUGAUCACAUGUUCGACAUGUUUGAGUUAUGGUCAUCUUAUUUUUAUCAAAUGGUGUUCUGUGGAUUGUGAACAGUGCACAUGGUACUUCAAGUUAACCAAUAUUAUAUGGUAUUCAUGCAAUUUAAAAUUUUUACCUGUGAAGGUAAUUGUCUGAAUAAUAAAUGCAUAGAUGAUCUGGUAUAUUGUAAUCAAUGCAAGCCUGGUUUCGAAAGGUUGAUGUGUCAAACAUGUACAUUAAGUUUAUAAUACAUGGAUUUCAAGAGGUACGUAAAUGCUCGCAAGAUUGUAGAUCUGGAAUAUUACCGGUAUCAGUAUAAAAUCGGUUAAAAACAAUAUGUCAAACUUUUUCGACAUAUUGUAAAUAUUGUAAGGAUAGCACAACAUGCUAAUGACUCAAUGAUGGCUUUCGUCGCUAUGAAUUUGAUAACAAUGCUCUUCACUCUGUUAUGCUUUAAGGAACUCAAUGUUCGGACUAUUGUAUUAUUCAAUGUUUUGACCAAUGUCAGGUAUAAAAUACAAGUAAAUGUAAUACGUUGGUCUGUACUUGUUGUCCAGCGAGACAGGAUGUAAUGGUAAAAUGUAUGAAUGUGAAAAAGUAUAACACAAUAUAAAAAGAAAGAAUGUCCCCAUAAAACGUCCAAAACAAAUUGAAAAUGUCUGCAAACUCAGUUUGAUCGAGCUUGUUGUUGGACGGUAUUAGGAAGUGCGGGUUACUGGCUAAGCCCUAAGCAUCGGCUUUAGAAAACAAGGUUUCAAAUGCUCAGGAGGAAAUAGUAAUAUUUUUCUACAUUACAAUUGUAAAUUUAUCUUAACAAUAUCCAGUUUAGUUUACCAUCCAUAAUGUAAGGCAAUGGUGGUAAAAGAACAUGUGACCAUGCAUACACAUAGUGUUUAAAUGGGUGUUUUCAAAGUUCCAGGAAUGAAACCUGAAAUAAGUCCUAUCCUGAGUGAUGUGAAGAUCAUGAAUAUGACAGCAAACACGUUAUAUCUUAUGCAGAUUGUAAAGACGGACACCCCGGAGACAUACCUUUCAAAUUAUUACUAGAGUUAGAAUAAAAUUAUAUCUAGAAAUUGAUAUAUUUUAUGGAAAUAAUGUUAGUUGUAUAAAAACAUUUGAUACAUAACCUUCUUAUUAAAAACAUACAUACAUUUGAAUAUGAAACAUGGUCAACAUUAAGAAAAACACAUUUGAACCAAAUACAUAUAUCAUGUUUCAUGCUUUAUCCCUUCAACAUUUACAUUUCAGCCGGCAGUUAUUAUUUGUUUAUAUUGUAGUACACAUGUAUUGGCAUUCAAUAAAAGAUGGAAUUAAAUUUACAAAAAAAAAAAGAAUCUUAUAGCGAGGCAAUUUUAACGUGCCAACGUAUUUAGCCAUGGUGGCCGCUUUAAAAUAGCUGCGAAUAACCGUAGACUAAUGAAUUAAGGACCCCAUGACGUCGCAGUUUAAACAUAUUGGUUUAAACAUAUUUAUUUUAGCUCGAUUACAAAACAAGUUGUCCAAACUUAUAUCAAUUAAUUUUAAAAUAUUGAAUACACAAACUAAUGAUUUUAACUUCGUGAAUUUACGUUUCCAGCGUCAUUACUUCACGAUUUAAACAACACAAAAAACGUGAUAGCAACUGUAUUUAUUUAACAUCACGAAUUUGAAUUUCAUGAAUUAACUAUUUCAUCUUUACAAGACCUUGAAUUGAAUUUGUUAUGUUGAAGCAUGUGAAUUUGUGUAUGAUUGAAUUUUUAAUCGUUCAAUUAUAGAGUUGAAAUUGUGAUAAUGUGAAUAGGAACAUUUAAAAUCGCGAAUCCAUGAGGUUGACAUCGUCAAUUCAUGAAGUUGAAAUUUUGGAAACUCGAAAUCAUGAUGAAGUUGAAUUCAUGAUUCAUGAAAUAAAAAGCGUGAAUUCUUUUUCCCUAAAUCUUGAAUUCCUGAAGUUGUGAAUAUGGGAAGUUUCAAUAUCACCACUGGGCUUUCGUAAGUAUGUUAUACAUUUAAAGUACUAUUGUACUAUGUUUUAUGCUGGAGUACAUUUGAAAUCUUCCAACAGCUAAUAAAUUAUUUAAUUUCACAGGUAUAAUUUAAGUUUUUUUUCUUCUUAUUGCAAGGUUUUGAGUUAAGAGCGAUUUUGUUCUUUUUUCGACCAUAACAAUCCGAAUAUUUUCGUGUCUAAAAAUUACUUAAGACACGCUUAAAAUGGAGUCACUGAUGCAUAUCGUAUCUAUUCAAAUAAUAACAUAUAAAGAGGAAGUUUUGAACAGGUGUAUUUGGUAGUUAUAUAUUAUAUAUUUUGUUCUUUUAUCGGACGCUUUUUAAAAAAUAUCUUUCGCUUAUCGAAUCAGGAAUAGCGUAUUAACAGUAUUGUGAUAAUUAUUUUAGAAUAAUUAUGCAAGUCUGGCAACUGUUUGUUUAAGCUUUAUUGUACCUGAAUAUAGUUUAACUUAAUUAUUAAAUACUUUUCAUUUAAAGACUGAUUUCAUAUGUGAAUACGGAAUAAUGUUGACUCAGGGAACGUCAGCAUUCAUACUAAUAUUGCUAGUUGAUAUGGUAUUUACUCAAUGUCCUGUUGGCUACAAGUUAUGUUCCGGUUCAAAUUGCACAAUUUGUGAAUCAUCUUACUUUUUAUCAAAUGACUUGUGUUCACCAUGCCCCGAAAACUGUGAAAGUUGUAACACCUGGAAUGACUGUACUUUAUGCAAGCCUGAUAAAUAUGGUUUACAUGCAAGAUGUUCUUUCAACUGUGAUGGUAAUUGUCUAAAUAAUGAAUGUCAAGAUGAUACGGGACAUUGUACUCAAUGUAAGCCCGGUUUCUAUGGAUAUCAAUGUCAAUACAAUUGUAGUUUAUGUGAAAAUGAACAUUGUGAUUUACGUACCUGCUCGAGUGGUUGUAGGGCUGGAUAUUAUGAGUAUAAAACAGUUGUUGAAACAACAUGUCUAAGAUGUCCGUCAAAUUGUAAACAUUGUGCGGAUGGAAAAACAUGUUAUAUUUGCAAUGACGGUUUUCACCUCUAUAAGUUUAAUGACAAUGUUCAUUGUGUGUCAUGUUCGCAAGAUACGCAAUGUCCGGACUGUUUUAUUCAAGGUUGUAACCAGUGUAAAAUAUAUAAUGCUUCGUUAGUCUGCGCUGAUUGUCCAGAAGGACAAAUAUUUGAUGGUCAAACAUGCGGGUCACACAUAUCAUUGUGCUCAAAAGAAUGUUCUACGUUUUGUGAUAGUACUGGAAUAUGUCAAGGAGAAUGUAAUGAGGGCUGGACUGGUGAAAAAUGUUCCGUAAAAUGUAACAGCCAAUGUUUAAAGUGCUCAAAGGAUAACGAAAAUAUUUGUCUACAGUGUAAAGGUAAUUUUUACUCAACCGAUUGCAGUUUAGCCUGCGAUCCGGCAUGCAUAGUAAUAAGUGGUAAACAUACCUGUGAACAUGCAGGCGGCUAUUGUCUCAACGGAUGUAAUCAAACAUUUUGGGGCGAUUCCUGUGAUAAACCCUGUCCUGAUGGAUGUAAAGAUCUUAAAUGUGAUCGAAACAAUGGAACAUGUACGGAUGGAUGUAAGGAUGGACUGACCCGAGACGGAUGUACUCAAACUAUUACAAUCGCUAUACAAGGUAUUUUCCAAGUAAAACAUCCCAAGGUAACACCAGCAACGUUGAGAUUCCAACAUAUUAUAACACUAGAACUGAAUUCGUAGCUGUAAAUGCUGAGUCAGCAAAUGUGACUUAUAAUUACGAGAGCUUAAAUAAUAACAGAACCACGGAUAAUGUAUACAAUGAUCUAGGAACAACAUUGUCAUAGAUGCAAGAGAGAUAAGUCUUACUAGUGGAAACAUCGAUGUGAAUUUUUAGACUGUAUUUGUUGUUUCCCUAAUUCAGUACAUAUUUUAUGGUGGUGAUAAAAGCUUUAUAUUCUUUAUCCCAAACAAACAUUUACAACAACGAAUUUGAAGUUGGUCCCUUUGUGUGUGAACACUAGAAGUUUUAAAUAUCCAUCUGCGAUUAUUAA